AUGACGGCGACGACAGCGAGUACGACCGCUACGAGUGGUACUACCACGCAUUCAAGCACCACAGCAGUGAGCAGCAGCGUGAGCGUGGUCGAGACGAGCAGCGCGACUUCAGUCGGUCCGGUUUCAAGUGACACGCAGUCAAGCAGCACCACGCUGGCAACCAAUACCGCGAGCAGCGGCACGUCGCUGACGGGCACGACGGUGUCAGGCAGCAGUACGUUGACCGAGACAAGCACUUCUACGGCCAGUUCGAGGGGUACCAGCAGCACGACGGCAUCGUCGAUUACCAGGACUUCCAGUGUCUCGGUGACUGAUAGUUCGUCUCAGACGAGCAGCAGUGUGACCUCGAGCAUACGGUCACGAGCAGUUCGGGCACGAGCACUCGGACGGCGACGACGGCGAGUCCGACCAUCAUGA